UAAAUGUUUUUUGCAGGCGCGCUGUCAAAUGUGCAAAUACAUACACCGAAUACACACAUUUAUUUUUGAUAUUUUGAAAUUUGUUGUACCUUACUGGACUGUAAAGAAGAAAAAACAAGAAUAAUGAGCGAUGAUGGGAUGGAUCCAAUGGACGUAGAUGAAAACGGGGAUUCGGAUCAAAAUAACGAGAAUUGCGGUCAUAAAAUGGAAGACAUCUACCGUCUAAGCAGCGAGUGGGACCUGAGACAUUUUCCAGGAGUGAAACCAUCGCCAAUUCACACAGUCCUAUAUCAAACACCCAUCCUAAAUGCCACCGUUCCGCCCAUACCACAUAAAGGGCCCGGCAGAUGGGAUGCGAAUCAUGUUCGCCUGCCAUGUGCCCAACAGAAUCAGUAUGUCGUUAGGAAUGAAGACGACACUGAGGAAGUGAAGGAACGUUGGUCGCUGAUUCGCACGGCUCUUUCGCAGGAUAUUCGAACGUCACAUGAUUUAGUAGCAGCAAUAUUGUCAUACAAUACGAAAUACAGCAAGACGUGGCGAUUCAAUGGACUGCACAAAUUGUUCCAAGACAGUGACGAGAAAGCCUGCGAGUCAUUUUUUACGGAACUUUUGCCGAAAAUCAUUCGACUGGCACUCGCUCUGCCGGAGCUAAUACCGUCCGCCAUUCCACUAUUGAAACGGGGCACAACUAAAUCAAUUUCAUUUAGCCAGGAGCAAAUUGCAUCGUUGCUAGCCAACGCGUUUCUAUGUACAUUUCCACGCCGUAACGCACAGGGAAAACGAUCCGAGUACCGAUCAUUUCCCGAUAUUAAUUUCAAUCGAUUGUUUGAAUCGUCCGAACACAAUGUCGUUGAGAAGCUCAAGUGCAUUUGUCACUAUUUUCGUCGUGUGACUAAUAAUAUGCCCACCGGUGUGGUAACGUUCACUAGACGUUGUAUGCCAGACAAACAUCGGAUCAGAUGGGAUAAAUGGGAGGGCGAUUUUAAGGCAACCAAAUUACAUGUUACAGCUUACGGGACGAUUGAAGAUGAUGGACGCGGUCUGUUGCAGGUAGAUUUUGCUAAUAAAUUUUUGGGCGGUGGUGUACUCGGAUUCGGAUGUGUUCAAGAGGAAAUUCGUUUUGUCAUUUGUCCGGAAAUGAUUGUGAGCAAAUUGAUAACGGAAGUGCUUGACAAAAAUGAAGCGUUACUGAUGAUCGGUUGCGAGAGAUUCAGCUCAUACAGCGGAUACGCUUCGACGUUUGAGUGGAAUGACAAUUUCAUAGACCGAACUCCAUACGACGAGUCUAGGCGUCGAUUGUGUAAUGUUGUUGCAAUCGAUGCGUUGAAUUUCUAUGCAGCGUCUGACCAGUACAGAGAAGAAUUGAUCCGGCGGGAAUUGGACAAGGCAUAUGUCGGAUACUAUCAUGAACUGAAGUCUCCGGCACCUGGCGUAGCCACUGGAAAUUGGGGCUGUGGUGCAUUUGGUGGUAACAAACGACUGAAAGCGCUUAUACAACUGAUGGUUUGUUGCGUAACGUGCCGACCAAUGGUUUACUUCACAUUUUUUGAUAAAGAGCUGAGAGAUGAACUGCUGGAAAUGCGAAAAUUUUUGGUCGACGAAGGCAUCACAGUUGCCGAACUCUGGUCAUCACUGGUGCAGAUUCGUAAUCACAAGAUCCCACCCGAACAUAUAUAUUCAUUCAUCUACCAGUGGCAUCGUGACAUAAAAUAUGCUCAUCUGAUGUUGAACGACUCACCAAAUUUUGACUCUACUGACGUACCGCUUACUGAAUCGUCAGCGAUACCGUCAUCAUCAACUGAAUCGUCGUCUAAUUUCCAAUGGCCCAGCAAGAAAAACCGCCAAUCAAUACCGACGAGUACAUUUUAUAGCAAAUCUAACUGUGAUACAACAACGAAACAGGAAACGUCGCCAGAUAAGUCGUCACAUGAGGCGGACCUGUAUCGAAAAUCAAAAUCGUCUCUGUUGGAUCCGGCUGAUCGCGAGUACUAUCAAAAGGAGUUUACCAAAAUUCACUCGAAACAAACCGUUACUGGCGGAUCGUCUUUAUUAGACGCUCUCGAUGAAGAUUACGGCGCACGUCGAACAGCUACCGACCAGACUGAUUUGCCAUCGUCAAAAUCGGAUCGGUUGGAUGCGGCGGAUCGCUACGGAAAUGUUACUGGUGAAUCGUCGUUAUUGAAUGCACUGGAUGAAAACUACGAUGAUUGUAAUAUCGAUCAAAUGGUUGACGAUCAUGCCAAUUUGCCAUCAUCACAACCGAUUGAUCAACCUAAUGGCAAUGUUGAUAUGUUUGCGAGCACUGAUGGUGCUGAUAGGGAACAAAAAAUUGACAGUCAGGAGAAGUCAGUCUCGAAUGAAGAAUCGAAUGAGGAUUCUCAGGAUGUUAUUCCGUGUACACCUCCACCGGAAAAAUCUCUGAAGCGGAAAGCUAACUCUAAUAAAAAGCAGAUAAAAAUCACGGACAUUUAUCCGAAACUGAACGUUAAUUAACGAGUUAUUUGAGAGUCGCUCAGCCAAUCAUUGAACAAUGUUCGCAAAAGAAAGUUUUGUUUGUAAUAAAAUCUGUUUUGUUUGGGAAAA